AUGCCUUCAACUCUUAUAAAUAUCUCACUACGUGGGCAACGCCAGUCAACACAGUCAGACACUCAGAAGCUGUCUCACCCUAUAGAGAUCCCUGAUAAAGUAGACAGAAUGCUCCUUGGACAAUCCAUUUUAAUCACCGGUAAGUCUUUCCUCUCCUCGUCUGUUUUCUCAUUUCUCUUUGUUUUUUCAUCCUUUUCCUCACUUCUCCUCUCAACCCCUAACCUGCUCCAGGGGGCGCUGCUCCAGGGGGCUCCUCCUAUGUGUGUAUGUCGUUUUUACCAGCAAAAGGACACAUUUUUAAAGAUGAUAUUAUCUUGUCUGUUCUUCCAGUGCUGCAGGCCAGCCUCUGUCUGGGUGAGUCUAAUCAUCUGGUUACUGAUGGCAUGUUUAGCUCGAGGCAGAAAAGACUCAUCGAAGUGACAGAGAAUAAAAGGUAAAAUAUUAUGAUUUUUUUCCUUUUCCAGGUUAUGGAACGUCAGAGAGUCAACGCAGUUUCCUGACGUGUGGUGAUCCCAGCCUCCAGUGUGGUAAAGUAACUCCAGUGUGGUAAAGUAACUCCAGUGUGGUAAAGUAACUCCAGUGUGGUAAAGUAACUCCAGUGUGGUAAAGUAACUCCAGUGUGGUAAAGUAACUCCAGUGUGGUAAAGUAACUUCAGUGUGGUAAAGUAACUCCAGUGUGGUAAAGUAACUCCAGUGUGGUAAAGUAACUCCAGUGUGGUAAAGUAACUCCAGUGUGGUAAAGUAACUCCAGUGUGGUAAAGUAACUCCUGUGUUCCAUCAGAACCUUCAGCUCCUAGUAUAUCUUCACCUGUGCACAGAGUUUUUUUUACAGGGCAGUUUCCUGGAAUAAAAAGCACUUUCAAUGGAGAUUCUCUUAAUUUUAGUCGAGGAAACUGGCCUCAUAUGGUUUAGCAAUUGUUAAACACACGUUUUGUGUGUAUGUGUGUGUGUCUAGAUUACGGUGUGAUCAGGGUAUAUGAGGUCAAAUUCUGCACCACUGAGGGGUUGGCAUCAAAAGAGACCCCUAAAGCCUGCUCCGAUACAGAGGCCUUCAACGGUGUGUCUAAGAGGUCUGUACACACACACACACAAACGCGCGCACACACACACACACACACACACACACACACGCACACAGAAAGCACACAACUUCAGUCAAUAGCAAGCUCGCUGAAUGUAUAAUAUUUGCAAUGUUCUGCUUACAACAUAGUUUAUUUCCCAACUUCAGUGUCCUGUUGGCAUGUUUCCAGCAGUUUUAA